CUUACCCUACCAUUCUUUGCCACACAAUUUAUGUAUUGCUUUGUUUGACAUUUAAAGCCUCAUUUGUCCCUCUCUUCUUCAUUUUUCAAUUUCCCAUUACACCCAUUGUCCAUUGAAGCUAGCUAAUCUCCAUGACUAAGGCCAAGAAGUUUCUUACUUUUCUUCUCAGGCUCUUAGCCUUGGCUGCAACCAUCUCUGCAACCAUUGUCAUGGUCACCAGCCACGACUCCGCCAAGGUCUUGAACAUGUCAUUCCAAGCCAAAUACAACAAUUCUCCCACAUUUAAGUAUUUCAUGAUCAUAAAUGCAAUUGCAAGCGGCUAUGGCCUUAUAGUUCUCUUUCUUCCUUCCAAGACUUCACUUUGGCGCUUUGUAUUGGUCUUGGAUUUGGUUAUAUCAUCAUUGCUCAUUUCAAGCAUAUCAGCUGCUUUGGCAAUAGGUAAUGUGGGCAAGAAUGGCAAUUCUCAUGCUGGUUGGCUACCCAUUUGUGGGCAAGUUCCAAAGUUCUGUGACCAUGUCACCGGAGCUCUCAUCGCCGGUUUCGUUGCUUCAGUAAUUUACUUUCUGCUGCUUCUCUAUUCUCUUCACGGUGUCGUUAAUCUUCUCACUUUAAAACCGUAGACAACAAAACCUCCUUUAAUUUUUCUCCCUUGUUUUAAGGAGAUCCUUAAUUUUUCUUAGAGUAAUGUUGAAAGUCCAAAAGUCACAAAUCCGACUAUUAAUUUUAUGUGAGUGAGAAUUGAUGUAAUCAUGAUCUCCUACCCACAUAAAUCGGUAACAAUUGUGAACUUUGAAACUCUAAAUUAGUAUCCUUUUUCUUGAGCAUGAAUGUACUAUGUUUCAACUUUAUAACUAAUUUUGUCUAUCAUUAUGUAAUUUAAUUAAGCGUGCAAGAGUUUGAUUAUACAAAUGCAAGAGAAAAGUAGUAUUGUAUUAGUUGGGCUUUUAAUUUGUAAUUUUUUUUUAUUAUUUUUAUUUUUUUGUAUUCAUUGUAUGUGCAGUUGAUUCUGAGUUUAAUCAAUCUCUCUAAAUCUAAGAUGAACAGAUGUAUCUUAAAAAAUAUAAAGUGUGUUUUACAUUUUAUGAACCAAUCCAUGUCACUUUUGUCACUCUUAAUGCAGCCAGCUUGGGUGGGCUAAAUUCCCUCAUUUCAUUACUCACCUUUAAUUAAAUCUCACCAUAUAUGGGUAAUUUGGAACAAAAUAUUUACGUAAAUACCCAAAAUGGUUCCAAAACAAUUUUUUAUAAGUCUUGAUUUUUCACUUCUCUCUCUUUUUUUUUUUUUUUUUU